AAGUGCUACAUUUGUUGAUGGCUUUAGUGAGCCAAAGGAAUAUAAUUAUUGGGGAUCCUUUUCUAGAGAUUGAUCCAGUUCCAUAUAGAUUUCUGCAGAUCUCCAUUAUGACUUGCUGGAGAAAAAGAGGAGGCAAAAAGAACUGGAUCUUCAAUGGCCGGGGAAAGAUUGACCAAGCGGCUGAAAUGAGUAUGAACGCUAUUCUAGAAGAGACUCUGAUUAAAAGAUCUCAACAAAAGAAAAGGACGUCUCCUUUAAAUUACAAAGAGAGGCUUUUUGUGCUUACGAAAUCGAUGUUGACAUAUUAUGAAGGUCGACCAGAGAGAGAAAGAAGGAAGGGAAGGAUUGACAUUUCAAAAAUCAAAUGUGUGGAAAUUGUGAAAAAUGAUGGUGCUGCCAUUCCAUGUCAAAAUAAAUAUCCAUUUCAGGUUGUUUACGAUAAUAGCACACUUUAUAUUUUUGCCCCCACUGCAUACAGCAGGGAUCAGUGGGUAAGGAAUUUGAAAGAAGAGAUAAAAAAUAAUAAUAACCUUAUGGUAAAGUUCCAUCCUAAAUUCUGGACAGAUGGAAUCUAUCAGUGUUGCAGACAAACAGAAAAAUUAGCUCCUGGUUGUGAAAAAUAUAGCCUCUUUGAAAAUGGUAUGAGGUCAUUGCCUGUGCAAAUGCCAGAUAAAAGUAAGAGAAGGCCCCCACCCCCGAUUCCCCCAGAAGAAGAGGAAGAAGAGGAAGAAAUAGUAAUAGCUAUGUAUGAUUUUCAGCCGACGGAACCUCAUGACUUGAGACUACAAAGAGGUCAAGAAUAUACUGUAAUUGAAAAAAACGACAUUCAUUGGUGGAAAGCAAGAGAUAAAUACGGAAGCAAAGGAUAUAUUCCAAGCAACUACGUAACAGGAAAGAAGUCCAAUAGUCUAGACCAGUAUGAGUGGUAUUGUAGAAAUCUGAACAGAAGCAAAGCUGAACAGCUCCUCAGAAAUGAGGAUAAAGAAGGUGGUUUUAUGGUGAGGGACUCCAGUCAGCCGGGUUACUAUACAGUAUCGCUUUACGCAAAAUUUGGAGGAGAAGGGUUAUCCGGAAUAAGACACUAUCAUAUAAAGGAAACACCACAAAAUCAGUACUACCUGGCAGAAAAACACCUGUUUAGCUCCAUUCCUGAAUUAAUUGAUUAUCAUAAACACAAUGCUGCAGGUCUUGUGACAAGGCUACGAUAUCCAGUCACCCCAAAGACAAAACCAACCACAGCGGGAUUCAGUUAUGAGAAAUGGGAAAUCAAUCCAGCCGAGCUCACUUUUAUGAGAGAACUUGGCAGCGGUCUCUUUGGCGUGGUGCGUCUUGGCAAAUGGAGAGCACAGUACAAAGUGGCCAUCAAAGCAAUCCGAGAAGGUGCAAUGUAUGAGGAGGACUUUAUAGAGGAAGCUAAAGUGAUGAUGAAACUGACCCAUCCAAAGUUAGUCCAGCUCUAUGGGGUUUGCACUCAGCAGAGACCGAUUUACAUCGUGACUGAGUUCAUGGAGCACGGUUGCCUUUUGAAUUAUCUUCGGCAAAGACGUGGACACUUCAAUAAAGACAGCCUGCUGACAAUGUGCCAAGAUGUAUGUGAAGGAAUGGAAUACCUGGAGAGAAAUAGCUUCAUUCACAGAGAUCUGGCUGCUCGGAACUGCUUAGUGAAUGAAUCAGGAGUGGUGAAGGUGUCUGACUUUGGAAUGACCAGGUAUGUUCUUGACGACCAGUACACAAGCUCUUCGGGUGCUAAAUUUCCUGUGAAAUGGUGUCCCCCAGAGGUUUUUAAUUACAGUCGAUUCAGCAGCAAGUCAGACGUCUGGUCUUUUGGGGUUCUUAUGUGGGAAGUGUUUACUGAGGGCAAAAUGCCUUUUGAGACAAACACCAACUAUGAAGUGGUGACUAUGAUUAGCAAAGGAUACCGCCUGUUUCGGCCAAAGUUGGCUUCUACAAGUAUUUAUGACGUUAUGAUGGUGUGCUGGCAUGAGAAACCAGAGGGCCGCCCCACAUUUCAUGAUCUCCUGCAAAUGAUUGAUGCUAUAGUAGAAGAUCCUUCCUCCUGAGAAGGCAUGAUGGAAGCACAGACGUUUUCAGUGAAGGGACUGUACUUUUGCUGAAACGGCGUGGCGACAGAUGCUGCCUAGAAGAACCUCACUGUAAAGGCAACAGUGUGGGCUCUUUUCUUACCUCAAACAAAGGAAGAGUUUGACUGAAUAAACUCACUUUUGCUCAGACUUUUAAAUGAAGUCGACUCCCCUCGAGGCGAACAAUGUGCAAAUGCAGCUGGAGGAAGAGACAAGGUUGCUGUAAGCCACAAAACACUGACUGACCUAUGCACAGACCUUUUCUCCUUUGAGGAAACAACGGUUUCCAUUCCAAGAUUCUGAAGAGCACAAUUUACCAUCUGCUUCGAGCCAUUACUACCACAGUAAUGGAUCAGAUGUCUUCCUAAACGUCUUGUUGCUCACAAAAUCUGCCCAAGGCUAUAAAUAUUGCUGCUAGUCCAUGACUUUGAU